AACCUUCGAGCGGGAGAGUCACGUUCGACCUCGAGCUAGACGGACGAACGAGACGCGCGAAAAUAUUUCUUCUUGCUCGCGGGUAUUUUGUCAACAACGGUUUUCUUCGCGUGUACCUUCAAUUCAAAUUCGUGACAAAAAACUUCGGUCUGUACACAUUCUCUCAUCGAUCAUUUGUGAAAAUACUAGACUGUGAUCCGCGAGUGAAGUCAAACUCCUUCGAAAACUCGAAGAAACUGUACUGUUUCGUAUUCCGUUCGAGCAAGGACGAUCGAAUUGAGUUUAUUCCGAUGAAACGUGAUUUCUAGACGCUCGUCGACUGCUCCUUUGGCGAGCGAAAUCGAGUUUCUUGAAAGAAGAUAUCUGCCGAGAUAUCGUGUCCUUUCUGGUUUCUGUGCGUGUGAUGUUCCAUGGUUGAUCGAGCCUCAACGAGACUUGUUUAUCAAGUUGGUUUUACUGGAGACUUCGCUAUGAAGGCGGUUAGCUGGGCGACGAUCAUUUCAACGCUCGCAGUAUUGGCGGAUUCGGUGCCGACCGAUUCCGUGCAGCCCAGGGUCACCGUGCUGAAGUGUUGCUUGAACAAGGAGCACCUGGUCCGGGCUCCCGAGGGGAACCCAGAGACGUCGACGCAUUGCGAGCCCAGCGAGAAAAAUUGGCAGCCGUUCAUCUAUUCGCCGUCCCGCAGGAAGUUCCUCGAAGAACUGCCAGCGGAAUGGAAUGUCAUUCAAGGCAAGAAACCGGAGUGCGGGGAGAACGCUGAACUUACGUACGUGCCGUACAGAAACACGAAUCCGUUCGUGCUGUUCGAUGACGGACAGGCGAUGCUAGACGUUCACACGACCGAAGGAUUCAACCCGGGCGAGUAUUGCGCGGAUGCCGAGGCUCUGCUUGUCUGCGUGCAGAAGAGAAUGGGCGGAAACCACGCGGCCGCGACCAUGAGGCCACGGGUUAGGCAGUGUUGCGGUGAAAACGCGGCGUUUCACGAGGAAAAACAUGCGUGCGCCAUUUUGAAGGAAUCGGUAGAAGACACGCCGUUGCUACCAAACGCAUCCUCUUCCGUUGAAAUCGUAGCCGGUUUCCCAACAUGUCCACGUUGGGACAACUUCUCGAUCGUAGGAGACACGAAGGAUGCUGUGUUGUUGCCGGACGGUGGCCUGGAAAUCGGCGGGGUCACUUUGCCUGCUGGUCAGUUUUGCGUAGAAAGGAUUAAGGAACUGAAAGUGGCCAAGGUGUUCGCGUGCUCGGAGCACGACUCGCAAAGACCAAAGAUGGAGGCGGCGGACAUCAGGUUCACCUUGUACUCCGUGGGCUUCAUCAUUAGCGCCGUGUUCCUCGCAGCUACGUUGGCCGCGGGUUGGCUGUUGCCAGCUUCCCAUCACGUUCUGCAUUGGCGUUGCCAGACCCAUCACGUUGCUUGCCUGAUGCUCGGCGAUAUUCUUAUGGCCAUCAUUCAGCUGGCCGGCGUUUCCCUGCAUGGCGGAAGCUGCAAGGUGCUCGCGAUCAUGGCGCACUUCUUCUUCCUGGCCGCGUUCUUCUGGCUGAACACGAUGUGCUUCAACAUCUGGUGGACGUUCAGGGACCUGAGACCAGCCAGCUUGGAGAAAGGCCAAGAGACCCUUAGACUGCGAGUGUACGCCAGCUACGCUUGGGGUGGGCCGCUCCUGGUCGCCGGCGUGGCUGCCCUGCUGGAUCAUCUUCCGCCCCAGCCACAGUACACGUUCCUACGGCCGCGAUUCGGCGAGAAACACUGUUGGUUCUACGGUGACAUGGAGAUUCUAGCAUACUUCUUCGGACCCAUCGGCGUUUUGCUCGCGGUGAACCUCCUGUUCUUCGCAGCGACCGCCCGCGAACUAACGUGCGGCCUGUGGAAGGGUGAAUUCGUGAAAAGCACCACAGAAAGGGCCGCGCUAGGCCGCGUCUGCAUGAAGCUGGUGGUGGUGAUGGGCGUGACUUGGGUUGCGGACGUAGUGUCGUGGGUAGUCGGCGGGCCGCAGUACAUCUGGUACUUCACGGACUUGAUAAACGCCUUCCAGGGCGUGCUGAUUUUCGUUGUGGUUGGUUGCCAGCCGCAAGUGCGCGCCGCGCUGAAGAGGCUGUGCAACAGGAACCCGAGAACGAAUGCUGGCAGACAGGGGAACGGACUGAGCACGACCAGCCACGGGAUGCCCAGCAUGGGGGACAGCGUCACCCAGAAUCCUAGCACGAAGACUGCACCGUUGGAGACCAUCUGCUAAAGAGACCGACCCGCCUCCGCGAUCUAACACGAAAACGGAGCCCUGCUAAUGGCGCAGGAAGCACUGCAUCUCCUGUGAAACGAGUUCGCGCCCAUUCAAUAAACACGACGGAUCGACGGGAUCCGGAAGACGAUGCGCACUACUCGUCAACAUCAAUUCCCGCGUCCUAUUUGGGAGCUCUCCGAGCCGGACGCGGAAGUUUUGGUUACCGGCUGGCAGGCCGGAAGAGCCGCACAGUAUACGAAGCGUACGUUCCCGGUGGAGCGUAGAAGCGUUAGGGGUCGCGAAGAGAUAGGUCGAGUGGGGAGGGCAAGACUUUCAGUUUCAAACCGGCUGUUAUCGGAUCCUACCGCCCAGGAACCGUACCGAUUCGCACCGGCUCGGUCGGUAAUAACAGGUAUACACCCGACGAUACACCUCCGAAGUAAACGACUGCGGCGGCAGGUCAACGGCCCCGGGACCGUGAACUUGGACGCCUUUUGGGUCGAGGCUCUCUCCGGUUCCGGAUGACUCCGCCGGAGGAUAAGAGGCGAUUGUAACCGCGUCCACGCCUUCAAUGUGAGCUACGUCGAAGGCUGUCACAACGACGCUACGGGGUCGUCGACCUUGACGCGAGAAAUCUCCGCGAAGAAUGUGUCGCGAGACGUGGCUGUCAGUCCCCGCGGACCUCGGCGAACGCGAUAGAACGCCGAGAGAACGGCCUCCGUCACAUUGAAUAGUUCAUUGUCUCCGCAGGACACAAUAGGAGAGAGAGUGGCGAAAACAACGCCGACGCGACAAAUAUUCAUAGAACCACCGCCUUGUUCCGGUCGGCUCUCCCUCGGGACUAGAGCGACGCGGGUUCGAACCGUGAUUUGUAUCCCAGGCGAGUCCGUUCGGUUCCGAUAACGUCGCGCUUCUCCAGCGAGAUGUUACGGGGGGAAAGAUGGUGAUUAGAGAGCUCGGAACAGAACUGGCCACUACGCGUUGAUCGGUUAUUUAUAAACGAGAAGCCUAACGAGGUGACGCGUGCCCGAUCACGAGACGCCACUUUAUUCGAAUGUUAUUAAUAAACGGCGCCAGGCGAGGUCGGUGCUAAUUGGGGGUGAACGUUUCUCUUGGCAGGACGGCGAUAAUGAUCGACGGCCGCCACCGUCCACCGCGACGGUCCCCACGGACGAUCUUGCAUUCUUCUUUCUUGUCUUUUUCUUUGACUCUUUUUGGCUUUACUCGGCGAUUCGGUUCAUACAGACCGUGGUCGAUCUCCAGGUUCGUUGGACGAUUGUUCAGAGGAACCGCGGUUUUGGGAAGCCGGAGACGUUAACACGUUGACUACUCUUGGUGACCAUAAAGUAAACUGUUUAUUCCUUUUUCUUGCGCUUUCGUUUGCGCGAAUUAUAAAGAGGCAAGGGUUGCAAUAAUGUUUCUUAGAAUAUUAAUAUUAAACUCGAGUUACCUUACUGUUUAGGAAUUUCUUCCUUGUUAAACUCAAUGCGAAACUUUCGCUGCUGACUGAUAUUAGCAAGCAAUGGAUUAAGAAUGAUUGCAAUAACAUAAAUGCAGAUACCAAAUUCUUCAGUAACACGAAUGAAAAAAUGUACUACCGAGUAACUAAGUGCCACUGCUCAGACUGAUUCCUCUACAAGCACAAAUAUUUACGGACCAAUAUACAAAGACUAGAAUUAAGUAACAUUGCGUUCACAGCAUUCAAGAUUCCAUCAUCCAUGAAACUAAAAAUCCCAUCAAUCUUCUUUGAAUCAUUUACAAUGUUAAGUCAAUGUUCUAUAUAAUAAAACAAAACUCCAGAGUGUAGAUAAUAGUAAACACAGUAGAACAUGCGAGAAACGAGUCAACGUGUUAAAUUUCCACGAGAAAGCCGAUCGACCUUGACCUCCGUUCGGAAAGGAUUGAGAUCGUGAUUCCGCGGUAUUUACUUUCGGCCCGCGGGCUUCAUUAUUCAUCGGAGCCGCGAGCGAUCGCGCUUCAAUUUUCUUUAGCAUAAAUUUGCAUCGACAGAGUCGCGCGGCCGCGAUCGAGGAGGCGUCCCCAGGCUACUAGCAUGCGCGGCUUCAGGAGUUUUACACCCGGCUGGUCCCGUCAUCGAUCCGCCGAAUCGAUUAUUCGUUAAAUAACCCGAUUCCUCGUAAGUACUUUCACCCGGGUUUUCCGUGCGUCAAGCGUAAUCCAUUCACGAUUUCAUCGCCGCGAUUCCUCGUGCGGCCACGUUCUUUCCUUCCCUCUACCCCGUCUAUAUUCCCCGCAAACAAGGAGAACGUUGUUCUCUUUUGCCAAAGAACGGCGGAGACAUUCUCGAGGAAAGUAUCCAUGCACUGCCAAGUCCACAUCGACUCCGAUAACGAGAGUCAACGGGAUCAGCGUAUCGUUGUUGCAAUCGCGACAAAAUUCUCGGCGAUCGGCAAUUCUGCGCCCGAGACUAAUUCAAGUCCAUUCUAUACGAAUAUGAAUCGUUCACAUCAUAUUACUGCGUUUUUUGCUUUAUUUCAAACAGCGGAAGUCCGCUUGUAGAAUUUCGUAUAAAACGACUUAUAGCUUCAAGGAUGAAUUCUUUUUAGUGACCGACAGAUUCUUUGUUCACAGGUGAAAAAAAAAAUGGAAAGGAAGAUAGUUAAGGUGGAUAUAUAUAUUUGAAAAAUUGCGAGAGAGCUUUAACGAGGAAUUCAGAUUGGAGGUACACGUAUGCGUAGAUAUCCUUGAAGAGAUCAAGUGUAAUAUCGCUGUUUUUCUAUUACGCGAAAUAUUAAUUAAAUAGUUGAGCACUCGGGCACACAAUUUACGACGAAAGCGCGACGAGAGACGAUCCCGUUGACAGACGACACUGUCGUUAGAAUAAAAACCGUGUUUUUUGUACUUUUUCAUAUAAACGGAUUUUCGAGAUUUUACAUAAAGAAUAUCGUGAUUCGACGAAUAGACGUGAAACGACGCGGAACUCGCUCCGGUUUCUAAUGAACAGGGCGAGCGACGCGCGUUUCUUCGAUGUUUCUCACCGUUCACGUCUUUUUCCAUGUUUUUUUUAAGUGUUACAUGUGAGUCACGCACCUGCAACGACACACACGUAGGUAGGUCAGGGCAUAACCGACUCGAACUCGUGACAAUACACACUAGGAAUUCAAUGCCUUCGGAAAUGCCUUCCAAAUGUGGUGUUCAACGUGCCGAAUUUAUACAAUGGGGAACCAGACGACGAGGAGACCAGGUGAAACCUCCUCCCGGUUCUCGCGUUCAACGCGUGCGACCGUCGCGAGAUUACCAUUUCUGCGGCCGUGUAACUUCUGACGACGUUCGACGACAGUUUAAUUUGCGGCUUAACCGAUUAACCUCUUAAGAGCCACCCAUUUAUAACAUUAUGUUUACUUUCCUCUAUAAUAAAUUAUUUUUACCAGUGUUCUUGAUACAAGAACUGUAACCAAUGCAUUCUUUCGAUCUCCGUAUAGAUCGAUAUUCUUCUCAUCAAAAGACAAUGUAUAACAAAAGCAUUCAGUUUGCCGCUAACUCAGAAUGAAAUGAUCUGUUUCAUUCUACUGUGUAUUUUAUACUUUGAUUAUUCAAUUUUAUAGCAAAUAACGUUUCAGUUCGCAAAGCACGUCGACACUCGCGACAUAAAUACAAUGAAGUUUGAGAAUGGAAAGUUCUCUAAAACAAACACACUUCUCGAUGUUGUUUCGUAUAUGCUUGUCUAACGAACUGAUGAAAUAUUGUGAACAACGAUUUCCGGAGUUUAGCAAGCUCUCAAGGAGGUAAUUAAUCGCGAUAGCUCGCCAAUGAAGUCGCGUUCUAGUCGCCGGAGACAGCCGUGUUGCGGCAGGAACAAAAACGUUAAAACAAGAUAUCGAUUUCCGGAUCGGAUUCCCGGUGAGCGUGAUCGGAAGUGGCCGGCCGAGCGGUCGCACGCACCGCAUAAAAAGAAAACCGUCUUAUGUCUAUGUAGAGUUUAGUACCUCGUGCUCUCGAGUUUCGCAGGUUCAUCGGGGCGCACACGUGCGUGCGCGUCUUCGACGGACGUCGCGAGCCAGCCGUAGAGUUAAUCAUCGUUAUUUGUUUCUUCAGGUGCAUCUAAGAGACUGAGCCGCGCUCACCCAUCGCUCACGGUAGCCGGAAACCCUCCGUUCCCAGCUCGAAGAUCACUCGAAACUGCGUAUUUAAACGAAUUCGCGAAACCACGAAAAACAUGGAAAACUCUCUUCGAUCUUCGAGCAGGCGCGGAUCGUUUCUCGAACCUCCUUAGUUCCUUUUCUUCUUGUGCGAAUGUGAGGUGGACGGCGACGUUGUCGAUGUCGCGACGAUUGAAAAAAAGGGGUAAAAAGGGGACGAAGUGUUUUCUCAAAGAAUAAAGUUGAAAAAUCGAGGAACACGUCGACUGCGUCACCGCGUCCACUGGUUGCGUGCGUGUUGCGUGCCAGAUUGUUACAAGCCGUCGCGAGUAAAUCGCGUGACAACGCGAGCGUGCGAACGGCACCGUGUAAUUAGUGUAUUAACGAGCUGUAACUUCGUUACAAAUCCCCUCGCUGUGUAUAACCGCGCGGCGAACAAUGCGUAACGUGGCGCGGGCGACCGUCGAGCGGCUUUUUACUUUUCCGCGAGACUUUCUCUCUUGUCUUUCUGGAUCAAGGAUCCAUUAACGUGUCUCCCACGGUUCGGGAGCCCAAGAUGAACACCGCACACCGCGACCCCUCGCUCUAGUGUCCCGCAUUGAUCGCCGCCAGCCAUCGCAUCCUUGUAGAUAGCAUUCACUCGUCAUUGUAUUACGUGUAUAAUUACCGCGGGACGUUAGAUAGCGAUAAUUAAACGAUAACGCUGCUCUAACGGCCCACUAAAUCCAUAAGUUAUUAUUCGGCGUCCGACGUGGCCGGCAGGUCUAUGGAGUCCGGAUGAAUCACCGCCAUUUCGGACAAUAGAACAACGACAAAAUGGCGGGCGUAACUCUAAUAACGAGCUGAACCUGAAAUGUAUUACAGAUGAGUAAUUUAGUGUAUAUUCUUUCUAACUUGACAUUUAUGUGUAAGACUGUACUAUUUGGAUAAUGAUUAUUCUUAAUCAUCGAGAACAUUCAUGAUUUCCAAGAAAGGAAAGAACAAAGUAAUAUUUUCCAUUAGUUUCCAGUUCCUUUUUUUUGUUCUAAUUACUGUUAUACUGUUAUUCGUUUCAAUAAUCAAAAACAGUAAAAAAGUAGAAACAAAAACAGUACUCUUUAGAGGAACAUAAACAUUCGUCUCCAGAACUUGUUCGCUGGCCGGACCCCGGUGUACAAUAAUUUAAGAUCCGGCGUAGUCGGCGGAUAGUUAGUCAAGUAGUUAAGAUAACCUAAGCCAAGGGACACCCGUAGCCUUAAAACUAAUUUAUUUGGAGUAGACAGUGUUGGCGUACGAACAAUAAGACGAACAGUUAACGCGUUAGGCGUAGGCGCUAUUGGUAGUCUCGAGAUAGCCGCGUUACCCAUGAGGUGUACGCGAACGUUUCCGGUAUCCGGAUUCGAAUCGAUAGCUUUAGGGUAAGAAGGUAUAUACCCGCGUAUAAACAUACGCCAACGCGCAGAAAUAUUUGAUCGAGACCGGAGGAAAACAGGGAGAAUGAAAGGCAAGGUUACUCGUUUCUUUACUACACGCUAUUUGAAAGAGAUUGAUCUCGAAUCGAUUGGUUUAUCAAUGGCCCGUCUCUUUUAUAUAAUAAAAAACAACAAAUAAUUUAUUUUCAAAUGGUAUCUAAAAAAACACGUUAAAAUAAGCUUCACCAUACAUUAAUUCCACUAAAACCUCUUGAAACUCCAAACAAAGUUAGCGAACUUCUGUUUGAUUCUCGGUUUCAUGAAACACCGCAGAAAAACUUCGCUUUCAAAUGAAGACACUCCAUUAAUAGACGAUAAAAUGUUUUUGAGCGUUAGUGUACACGGUAGCUUGCCAGUACAGAGGCGUAAGGUUAAGGUGAAGCGCGCGAAUCGCGUGAACCAUGCGCAGAGGAGCGAACGGUCGAAUUCCCCGGCGAACGUGAAGGGAGAAACUACGCAGAUCGUCGCUCCUGGUGGAGAAAAUCCGCGGUCGGUCGACCAAUGCCCGGCCGAUUAUCGAGGACCGCGUGCCUCCGCGUAAUUUACGUGCGCGCGCGUUCUCCCGCCGCGGAAAAUCCAACGUUGAAUUUAACAUCGCGGCGAUCGCCGACGGAACGCGCCUUGGUAUGUCGAACUGAGAGUCGUGCAAGAAUCACCGGCCGAGGUGCGUUCUUUGAACACACAGGGAAGACAGCUCUGCGCGGAAAAAUGAAUUUCGACGUCGAACCGCGUGUAUAGAAGCGACAUUUGCGAGCAUCGCCAAAAUUCGUUCAACCUUUUGUACAUUUUUUAUACUCGUUCCGCGACCGAUCGGCGGCGAUCGAAAUUUCUUUCUGGUCCCGAUGCCGCGCAGAUCUUCGGAUAGAAUACGGAGGCUAUACGUAUACAGAGAAAGAGAGAUAAAUAGUAUUAACUGAUCGGGCCGUGACGCGGACGAGCUCGUCUCGACCCGAUCCACCAUGUAGAGGACUGUCGAUUCACUUACGGUAGAGAGUUUACGAUUACAACGACCCUGUACUGCGGCCGAGC